UACUUCCAGGGUGAUUCCUGCGGUGCUUCCUACCGUGCCUACCGUGUUCUCUGGGGCAAACUGCUUCAUCACCUCCGGAUGAAAAUUAUCAGCUGCGGGAAUGAUAUCGCCACCAAAAAAAGGUUGAUGUUUCCUCACCAGGAGCCCCCAGGGUCAUUUUCAAGACUGACUGCCGACAGCUCACCACCUCUCUCAGCCUCUUGAGCCAGCCAAUCGAUUGUCUUCAGUUCAACAAGGAUUGAGCACAAGUUUCCGCUGCAUCUGGCGGCGGUCAAUCCCAGCAGCCUUUGUGUUGUCCUCCGGGCGAGGUGCCUCAGCAGGAUUGUAUCACCAUGGACACAGAGUCAACGUACUCAGGCUAUUCUUACUAUUCUGGGCGCUCCCGGGGAUCCCACAGGCAUGGGGAGAGAAGCCGGGAUCGGGAUCGCCACAAAUCACGCACUAAAGACAGCCGCUCAGAAAAGUCGGUAACAAUUAACACGCCACCUGCAGAACCACUUCUGGGUGACUCAACUGUUCGGGGUGAGCAGGUGCAGGAUGACAACUGGGGUGAGACCACCACGGCCGUCACAGGCACAUCAGAACACAGCCUGUCUCAAGAAGACAUUGUUCGCAUCACCAAAGACCUGGAGGACAGCGUGGGGCUUGACUGUCGCCGCUACUUCACCCUGACGCUCGCUGUGAUCUUGGGUCUGCUGGUGUUCCUCACCCCACUGGCUUUCUUGGUGCUGCCGCACCUCCUCUGGCCGGAAAAGCUGCAGAGCUGCGGCACGGCCUGUGAGGGUCUCUACAUCUCUGUGGCCUUUAAGCUCCUCAUACUGCUGCUUGCUGUCUGGGCGCUCUUCUUCCGACCGCCACGGGCCGGCCUGCCACGGGUCUUUGUAUUUCGAGCUCUUCUUGCUGUGCUGGUGCUGCUCUUUGUGAUCUCCUAUUGGUUGUUCUAUGGAGUGAGGAUACUCGACUCACAGGAUGAGAACUACCAUGGCAUUGUGCAGUAUGCCGUAUCGCUGGUAGAUGCUCUACUUUUCAUUCAUUAUCUGGCCAUCGUCUUGCUAGAGCUUCGACAACUUCAGCCAUGUUUCUCCGUGUGCGUCACGCGAUCCACAGAUGGUGAGACGAGGCACUACAACCUUGGACAGCUCAGUAUUCAGCGAGCAGCGCUGGCUGUCUUAGAGCACUACUACAGUGACUUUUCCAUCCAUAAUCCGGCUUUACUUUCUGCCUCAAAGUCCCGCGCUGCCAAGCAUCUGGCCGGUCUCAAGGUCUACAACGUGGAUGGUGAGUUCCCAGCAGCCACUGCUGAGGGUCCGGGUAACAACGCAUCAUCAGGAAUCACCCACUCCCAGUCCCGAGCCAUGAUUGCUGCCGCUGCCCGCCGCAGAGACACCAGCCACAACGAGCUUUACUACGAAGAGGCUGAGCAGGAGAGGCGUGUUCGCAAGCGCAGAGCAAGACUGGUGGUGGCAGUAGAGGAAGCAUUCACACAUAUCAAGCGCAUGCAGGAAGAUGAGCAGAAGAAGGCUCCAGGUGAUGUCAUGGAUCCGCGUGAGGCGGCACAGGCUAUUUUUCCGUCCAUGGCACGUGCUCUACAGAAAUACCUGAGGACCACCAAGCAGCAGCACUGCCACAGCAUGGAGAGCAUCCAGCAACACCUCGCCUUCUGCAUCACCAACAACAUGACGCCCAAGGCAUUCCUCGAGAACUACCUGUCCCUGGGUCCAACCCUCCAGUACAGCCGGAAUCACUGGCUGGCCCGCCAGUGGACGCUUAUCAGCGAGGCGUCAGUCACCAGCGGUCUGAAAGAUGGAGCUGUCUUCCUGCUAAAAUGUGUAGACUUCAGCCUGGUGGUAACUUCCAGGAAGAUUCCCUACAUCCAGAUGUCAGAGGAAUACAUCGACCCCAAGUCCCACAGAUUUGUCCUGAGGUUACAGUCCGAAACAUCCGUGUAGGACUCAGAAUAUGUUUUUAAUAACUGAACUCGUUCUGUUGCUCUCAAAAGUUUUCAUUUUGGGUUUGCAGUUUUUAAUUUUUGGAUUUUUUGUAUAUUGUACAUGAAUCUAUAUAUUCCACAUGUUUGAACAAAGUUAUUUUUAUCGUGUUUGAUUUGGCUGAAAACAAAAGGAGAAAAACAACACUGAAGAGACUCGCAUUAUGGGCACGCCGGCUCAAUUCAGAAGCAUUGGGCUUGGAUUGAAAUCGCAUGCGUGCAUGCUACUGCAAUCACUGGUUUGUUUUUUAUUUUUCUUUACAUUUAAGUUACUGGAGCCAAACAAGCAGGAACAAGGAACAUAUGAACUCACUGCGGGGACUCAUGACACGUCGUCACUCAACAAACAAAAAGACCACUAAAAACUGAGACAGUCUGACUUGGAUAUACUUAUUUUCAUAUUCACACACUGCCAUCUUGUCUACAGUGUUUAAAACUGUUGAACGUUGUUUCAGAAGAUUAAGAGGAUUCAAUGGAUUUCUUUGUUCCUACGAAGGGAAGAUCUGAUCUCUGGAUCACAAACCGGGUAAAAUGAAUUGGACAAGAAACAAAAAACUCAACUCAAUUUUGCAUUAAAAGCACAUUUGUUUGUUAAUCCUAGAGCAUGUAUGCCACACACACACUUUUUGACAGUUGCUGUGUCACAUUCCAAACAACCUCGUUCAGAAUGAGAUGUAGCAGGCGCGAGUGCUGUUUUGAGCAGCCAGAGGGGGGCGCUUCAUUUUCUUUUGGUGCAGCAGAAACUAAAGAUUUCCACUCCAGUGGAGAACUCCCACAUUUUAGCCUCCAUGGUGAACUCAGAAUGAACUGGAUCAUGAGACGGCUUAAUGUCCAGACAAACGGCCCAAACAUUUCCGUAACCUUCUCGGGGCUGUGUCGUGUCAGCAUGAGUUGCCAGCAUUUAAAGGGAAGGAUACUGGUUCAACAGGCAGUCGUAAUUAUUAUUAUAUUUUGUGUUGGGUUUUUUUUUUUUUUUAGUCUCCUGAUUUCUUUUUGCAGGUAGAUGCCGUAGCAUUAAUUAUAAUGGUGUAUCAACAUCAUGUAUAGAAAAAUCCUGCAGCAGGGUGGAACCUCGUUCCCAACUGGACCAUCUGGUUUUCACUGCCCUGUCUCACCUCUGCUGUCACACAGACCUGUCCAAGUUGUACCCAGUUCCUUGGCAUGAACUCAAUAUGACAAUUUCACAGAAAGAGCCAAAUUUUUAAUCUCAUAUUUACUUUCACCUGUUAAAAUCAGCCCGUGUCAUAAAGCCACAAAAAUGCCUUUAAUGUGGAACUAGUUAAUCAAGUGUGCACUCUUCUCUCUUCCUCUGCUGUAAGUAAUCCAGAAAAACAAUCACACCUGAGGAGUAAUAUGUCACCAAUCUGUGCCGUGGCCCUGAGCAUGCCUGGCCACUACCGCCCCCUACUGGUAUACCUGGCACAGUGUGCCUCCGGGCAGCAGCAACUUUUUUCCUUCAUAAAAAAACAUGAUACUGUAAAUACUUGCAAAAACAAUCUGGCUCUGGACCACCUGACACCGGCCAUAUUUUCUACUUGUUGAACAUUUUCCGGUGUGACUGUGCCUCUACUUUUUUUAACUCUAUUUAUGUCAACAAAUGUGUGUUUGUCCACCAUUCGGCUUCACACCACCAGCCUUUCACCUCGCGUCAUCUUGGUCCCUACCUGUCACUGUGUUACCAGGCUACGGUGACCCUCCAGCCAUUUGCUUUUACUGAACAGAUUUAUAUUGACACGACUUUGCCAUAUAACAUAUUUCACACAAUUAAUAUUUGCUUAAAAAAAUAAAAACCUUUUUUGUGAACAUUUAUAAUCAUGCUGUAUGUGUGUUAGAAUGCUUAUUGUUCUAAAAGUGCAAGCAAAUUCAUGCUCUCACCUGAUUUAUUAGAAUGACAGCCUGAAUCUCAGAUAUUUAAAGCUACAGUCUGUCAGAUUUAGGGGUGUUCCUGAGCAGAAAUGGAAAAUA